AUGCCCGUGGACAGGGAGGCCGAGAUUUGCCAGAAAGCGCUGGAGCUCCUCUCGGAUCUCUGCUCUAAAGGGGAGGUGCAGAACGAGAACUGCUUGGAUUUCAUUUACUAUUUCCGGGACCUGGCCAGACCGAGGUACUCUGAAUCAGAUGUCUCGGUGAGCCUGCUGUCGUUGGUGGUGACGGCCUGUGGACUGGCCUUGUUUGGCGUCUCACUCUUUGUCUCCUGGAAGCUAUGCUGGAUCCCAUGGCGCGAGCGAGGACUCUCUCCUGGAACCAAAGAGGGCCAAACAGAGCACCCUCUUCCCCCUCCUCCACCACUUCAACCACAGCCCAUUUACACAGAAGAGACAACUGUGCCUCCGACGCCAGUCUCACCGCCAGCCCCUGCGUCUCCUCCACCCGUCCCGGUGCCUGAAACAGCUCUGAAAAUCAGCCACACUUCACCUGAUAUUGCCAUGGAGGCAGAGUCCAAGGGUGGGGAGGAUGGCAUCUAUGGCAGUGGUCGUAUACAGAGGCAGAUCACGGAUCCAUCCUCAACUUGUGUUCGGCAAAGCUCCAUUCGGCGCCACAUGAACCAGUCCAACCCUGACUUCAUGGUAGCACAGUUCCAGAGGCAAGACUCACUGACGGGGAUGAGUCUCGGCCGACUCAAACCAGAGCUGUACAAGCAGCGCUCAUUAGACAGUGAGGAGAACCGCGGUGGUCGAGGGGGGACCUGUGGACGUCUCCAUUUUAUCCUGAAAUACGACUGCGAUCUGGAGCAGCUCAUAGUCAAGAUCCACCGUGCCCAAGAUCUUCCUGCCAAGGACUUUUCUGGGACCUCAGAUCCCUACGUUAAGAUCUACCUUCUUCCUGACCGCAAGACCAAACACCAGACCAAGGUGCAUCGAAAGACAUUGAACCCUGUUUUCGAUGAGGUCUUCCUCUUCCCUGUGGCAUAUGCUGAACUUCCCACGCGAAAGCUCCACUUCACGGUUUAUGAUUUUGACCGCUUUUCGCGGCACGACAUCAUCGGACAGGUGGUAGUGGACAACUUCUUGGAUCUGGUGGAUUUUCCACGGGAGACCAAGUUGUGCAGGGAUAUUCAGUAUGUCUCCUCAGACAACGUGGAUCUGGGUGAUCUGAUGUUUUCGCUUUGUUACUUGCCCACUGCGGGUCGACUGACCAUCACAGUGAUAAAGGCACGCAACCUGAAAGCCAUGGAUAUCACUGGAGCUUCAGACCCCUAUGUGAAAGUCUCUCUGAUGUGUGAAGGACGGAGAUUAAAGAAGAGGAAGACCUCCACAAAGCGGAACACCCUGAACCCUGUUUAUAACGAGGCGAUAGUAUUCGACGUCCCACCAGAAAACAUUGAUCAGAUUAGCCUUUUAAUAGCUGUGAUGGAUUACGAUCGUGUAGGUCACAACGAGGUCAUAGGUGUGUGUCGGGUUGGUAAUGAUGGUGAGAGUCUGGGCAGGGACCACUGGAAUGAGAUGUUGACGUACCCUCGCAAACCCAUCGCUCGCUGGCACCCUCUAAUCGAGGUAAGCAUGCAAUCAACUGUGUCAGGAAGUCAGACAGGUUCAUGUAACUCUCUAAAGACUCCUCCAUCCCCAUAG